AUGUCUUCUCAAAUUGAACAAUUAGCUAUCAACACCAUCAAAUUAUUAUCUGUUGAUCAAGUCUCAAAGGCUAACUCUGGUCAUCCAGGUGCUCCUUUAGGUUUAGCUCCUUUAGCUCAUAUCAUUUGGAAAAAUUUAAAAUUUAACCCAAAAAAUCCAGAAUGGAUUAAUAAAGAUAGAUUUGUUUUGUCAAAUGGUCAUUCAGUUGCUUUAUUAUACUCUUUAUUACAUUUAUUUGGUUAUGAUUUAUCAAUUGAUGAUUUGAAAAAUUUCAGACAAUUAGGUUCAAAAACUCCAGGUCAUCCAGAAUCUGAAACUCCAGGUAUUGAAGUUACAACUGGUCCAUUAGGUCAAGGUAUUUCAAAUGCUGUUGGUUUAGCUAUUGCUGAAAAAAAUUUCGCUGCUAGAUAUAACAAACCAGAUUUCACCAUUUCUGAUUCAAGAGUUUAUACUAUCUUGGGUGAUGGUUGUUUACAAGAAGGUGUUUCAUCAGAAGCUUCUUCAUUAGCUGGUCAUUUGAAAUUAAACAAUUUAAUUGCCUUUUAUGAUGAUAACCAUAUCACCAUUGAUGGUGAUACCAAUGUUUCAUUCACUGAAGAUGUUAACAAAAGAUAUGAAGCUUAUGGUUGGAAUGUUAUCUGGGUUAAAGAUGGUAACAAUGAUUUAGAAGGUAUUGCUAAAGCUUUAGAAGAUGCUAAAAAAUCUGAUAAACCAACUUUAAUCAGAGUCACCACUGUUAUUGGUUACGGUUCUUUACAAGCUGGUACUCAUUCAGUUCAUGGUUCUCCAUUAAAAGCUGAUGAUGUUAAACAAUUGAAGGAAAAAUUAGGUUUCAACCCAGAUGAAUCAUUUGUUGUUCCACAAGAAGUUUAUGAUUAUUAUAACAAGGAAGUUGUUGAAAGAAAUCAAAAAAUUGAAGAAGAAUGGAACAAGACUGUUGAAGCUUAUAAAUCUAAAUAUCCAGAAUUAGGUGCAGAAUUAUCAAGAAGAUUAUCACAAAAAUUACCAGAAAAUUGGGCUGAAAAAUUACCAACUUAUAACUCUGGUGAUAAAGCUUUAGCUACAAGAAAAUUAUCUGAAAUGUUAUUAGAUUCAGUUUUCGAUGAAUUACCUGAAUUAAUUGGUGGUUCUGCUGAUUUAACUGGUUCUAACUUGACAAGAACUAAAGAAGCUGUUGAUUUCCAACCAGAUGGUUCAAACAUUGGUACUUAUGCCGGUCGUUACAUUAGAUAUGGUGUUCGUGAACAUGGUAUGGGUGCUAUUAUGAAUGGUAUUGCUGCUUUUGGUGCUAACUACAAACCAUACGGUGGUACUUUCUUAAAUUUCGUUUCUUAUGCCGCUGGUGCAGUUAGAUUAUCUGCAUUAUCUGGUCAUCCAGUUAUUUGGGUUGCUACUCAUGAUUCUAUUGGUUUAGGUGAAGAUGGUCCAACUCAUCAACCUAUUGAAACUUUAGCUCAUUUCAGAGCUACACCAAACUUGAAAGUUUGGAGACCAGCUGAUGGUAAUGAAGUUUCUGCUGCUUAUCAAAUUGCUUUAGAACAAAACCAUACUCCAUCAAUCAUUGCUUUAUCAAGACAAAACUUACCACAAUUAGAAGGUUCAUCAAUUGAAAAAGCUUCAAAAGGUGGUUAUGUUGUUCAUGAAGUUGCUGAUGCUCAUGUUGUUAUUGUUUCAACAGGUUCAGAAGUUUCAAUUGCAAUUGAUGCCUCUAAAAAAUUAAAAGAAUCAGGUAUUAACGCUCGUGUUGUUUCAUUACCAGAUUUCCAUACUUUUGAUAGACAACCAAAAGAAUAUCAAUUAUCUGUCUUACCAGAUGGUAUUCCAAUCUUAUCUGUUGAAGUUUUAUCAACUUCAGGUUGGGCUAAAUAUGCUCAUGAACAAUUUGGUAUUGAUAGAUUUGGUGCUAGUGGUAAAGCUCCAGAUGUUUAUAAAUUCUUUGAAUUUACUCCAGAAGGAAUUGCUUCAAGAGCUAUUAAAACUAUUGAUUUCUAUAAAGGUUCUAAAAUUGUUUCUCCAUUAAAUAGAGCUUUUUAUCCAAUUCAUUAUGAAUAA